ACAGAACACCACCGCCCAGCCUAGAACGCUUAGCAGCAGAUAUGAACCCUGGACCUGAUUCUACCAAUCUGGACACUCAUACGUGUGGAGUAAAAAGCCAGACGAGAGAGAUUGGUUGCGCUCGUCACAAUCUGGCCUAAGUGAUGCUCGUGACUUAGCUUCGAGGAGCCGGCUCCAAUCUCGGUGUCCUCUCUCACUGUCCCUGAAUCCUACAGCUUCAAUUGUGGCCAUCCGUUGCGGAUGAUGGUGCUCGCAGCCGCAGCGAGCGCACCGUCCCUCCAAGGUUGGAAACGCCAGAUCUCAGCUGUUACCUGCCAGCAUCCACAUUCAGUCCCACUCCCACGCACUGUGUUCAGAGUAUCUGCAACAAAGAAUAAUGAGAGGAAACGGAGACGCUCCCGGAAUCUGUCCAAAGGCCCAGCAUUAAUCGCCGAAGAAGCUUCCCCGAGCAACGGCGAAAACCCCACCACCAUCCUUGAUCUCAAUGUCGAUGAUGAUGCUACUAGCGAUGAGAAAGCUGCGGGUGCCCCAAGGAGUGCUGUUCUUCAGUCUUGCACCCUCACAUCCGGCUUGCUGCUUGCAUUAGGUCUCCUUCUUCGUGAGGCAUCACACGUUGCAUCUUCAAAUGGACUGCCGUUUGCUGACCCUACGGCCGUAUCAUUCAAUUUUGAAACCUGGCAUCUCGAGUUGGUCGCCGGACUAGUAAUAUUGAUAUCGUCUACCAGAUACAUUCUGCUACAGAUAUGGCCCGAUUUCAGAGAUUCCAGUGAAGCCGCAAAUACACAGAUCCUUACUUCCCUGGAGUCUCUGGAUUACAUUGUAGUUGCUUGUCUCCCUGGGAUAAGUGAAGAGUUCCUGUUUCGAGGGGCAUUGAUGCCAAUUUUUGGAUUGAAUUGGAUAAGUGCUCUAGCAACUGGUGUCUUUUUCGGUGUUCUUCACUUGGGAAAUGGCAGGAGAUAUUCAUUUGCAGUCUGGGCAACAUUUGUUGGCCUUGCCUAUGGUUUAGCAACCAUAGCUUCCUCAAGCAUCAUAGUCCCAAUGGCUUCUCACUCCAUAAACAAUAUUAUUGGAGGCUUACUUUGGCGCUUCAGGGACAGCUCAGAAAGAGAAAUGUAGUUUGGACACACUACUGAUACUCUGGCAGCUUCAGGGACAGUACUUCCCCUUGAACAGAAGUUUUCAUUUGCAACUUCUACUUGUAGCACUAGCGUAGAAUGUUUAGUUCUUACUGGACUCGUUCUUAAAUCAGUUAAUGCAUGUAUUAUCCGUGGGUAAGUAGUCUUCAAAUCAUUUGGUGGUGAAGUAAGCUAACUAGCGAUGAC